CCGCCGCGCCCACCUCUGCAUCGGGACCCUGCAGCCAGAUCCGGCCGUGGUGCUGCGCUUGCCCGAACAUUUGCUCGCCGCGAAAACCUCGUGCCGCCCAGCGCGCUCCGUCUCGCGUUCCUGUGGCCGCCUCGCCGCCGCUGCCGUGCGUCGCUGUCGCUGUCCGCCCGCCGCUGAAGAUCCCCCAUGGCCCAGGUCGCAGAGGCUCGCAGGAGCCCGUUCGCCGAGCACAACCCCAGCAUGCACCGCUCCAUUCCCAUCCUGCCCUCGUCCAGCUCGUCGCUGGCCCCGCCGCGGGACCCAAUGGACUGCACGCCGUCCUCGUCGGCCAUGGGCCCCCCGAGCUUGGCCGCCCCCAGCACCGAUCGCCAGCACCUUGCGCCCGCGCACCCGGCACACACCCAGAGCCCGCUGGCGAACGGCGACCCCGACCACAGCAGCAGCCACGCCCACACCCCGAACGGCUCUGCCAGCGCCGCGCCUGCCGUGGGCGCCGCCGCCGCCGCCCAGCAGCCCAAGGUGGUGCAGACGGCCUUCAUCCACAAACUCUACAACAUGCUCGAGGACCAAAGCAUCCAGCACCUCAUCUCCUGGUCGAGCACCAACGAGAGCUUCGUCAUGUCGCCGUCCAGCGAGUUCUCAAAAGUCUUGUCCUCGUACUUCAAGCACACCAACAUCUCGUCCUUUGUUCGCCAGCUGAACAUGUACGGUUUUCAUAAAGUGAGCGACGUGUUCCACACCGGAUCGCCAGACUCGCCGCUCUGGGAGUUCAAGCACGGAAACGGGAACUUCAAGCGCGGCGACCUCGUCGGCUUGCGCGAGAUCAAGCGCCGCGCCUCGAGGCACGCACUCAUCCAUCGCGACUCCUUCUCCACCCCCAAGAUCCCGUCCGGGCCGCCCCCCACACAGCCUGUCGAGCAGCAGAUGCCAGAUCCCGUCGAGUCGCGACUCAACGCCCUCGAGUACAACAUGCACAACAUGCAUUCGCAGAUCCAGCGAUCCGAGGACACGUGCGCGUAUCUCAGCCAGAAGGCUGCAGUGUUGAUGGAAGGCAUGAUGCGCUGCCACCAGUGGAACCACGAGUUGACACAUCAGCUCAUGGAUCUUGUCCCAGAUCCAGACCAUUCCGUGCACAAGAACAUUGCAAACAUGCAACGAGACAUUAGCCGAUACACCGAUAUGCUGCGCUCGUUGGAUCAAGCAGAGGAGCCAUCUUCAGCCCGCCAAUCGUAUUUCCUUCAAGUGGACAACAACGGCCCGCCUCUAUCGCCACGCGCCAUGCCCCAUGACCAGUAUCCCGAUUCUCGACGCGGAUCCUUAGCCGGCCUCACACGACAGACGCCCGUGAAGCCUGCAGUCCCAGCACAUCUUGCAAUCUCCCCGCGGCGAUAUGGCUCCAUUGGCGCUGGGAAUUACUCCCCUUCAUCAGCCAGACCCCCGAUUGCACACCAGCCGCCACCCCCGCCUCCACCGCCCCCGCCUUCUAUUCAAGCUCCUGGUGGAAAUGGGGGAAACAAUGGCGGUAGCGGCGCAAGCCCGCCUUACAACCACUUCCAGCGGCGACACACCUCGGCCGAUAUUCGGACCGUUGGUUGGCAGCCACAACCUCCACCCACGCAUUCACCAUACGCGUCUGGUCACAAUUCUACGCAAUGGCCUUCUUCGCCGCACAGAGCACCGAUUGGUGGCGGUGACGAACAACUCCGCAACGCUCUGGAGUCGUAUCAACUACCUCGAGGGCCCCGUGGGCGGACGUCGAGACAGGGCACACCGCCCGACGGUCCUCCGUCGUCUUCGUUGAACCCAGAUAGUGGCUGGACACUACCGGGAGCACGCUUCCCGUUCAAAGGCUUCGACACCCCCGGACCUCCGACACGUCGUUCCAGCAUGGCGUCGAACGUGCAUUCUCUUCUUAACCCCGCAGAGACUGCUGAGCGCGCAGACGAAGACGAACCUGAGGACCCUAGGAAGAGGAAGAGGCUCCAGUAAAAGCUUGCUUUGCUUAUCAUUUUUUCAAAACAUCACCUCAAUGCUGCAGGACUGUUGUCCUUUGGAGGCAAGCGCUGUUUAAUGGCUGGCAUUUUGUUUUCACCUGCACUAAACUACAGAGGCUAUCUCAC